UUAUAAGCAGUGAUCUUUAUUAAUUUAUUGGUUUUGCGCUUGCAUUAAAGUAGUUGAAAUAAAUUAUUUCAAAUACAAUAGUCUGGCAACGGCAACGUAUGGCAGCUCACAAGCUGGCUCGAAAAUAAACAAAUGAGCUAGUCCCAGGUUGAACAGUCUGGCAACUUUAGGAAAUAACUGAUUUGACAAAUGCGCAAAUAAAACAAUUUAAAUAUUUUUCGAAAAUGCUGCUGGAACGUUUGAAGCGCCUAUUAGGUACCACGAGCUGGGCAUUAUUAGUUAGCUGUGUGUUGUGGUUCCUUCUCCUGGAGCUAUAUAUAUUUGCAUUUAGUCGUGCCGGCAUUGCCUUAAAGGACUAUCUGCAGCCGCCAUAUAAAGAGCGGGUCACGGACUUCGUCGUGGGUACCCGGAAUCAGACGUGGGACAAUUGGAGCAUCGCCGAGCAGAUGCAUAAGAAAGUUCGUAUACACUGCCUGCUGCACUUGACCAAUAAUCACGAACGGCGCAAGGCAAUGCAUGUACUGAAAACUUGGGGCGCACGCUGCAAUCGGAUGCACAUUAGCAAAGCGUCGGAUGCAGCCAAGGCGUAUCGACGCAUCGCUAGCACUCAGUACUUGGACUUGGAUUGGCUGCUGCAUGUGCAUGUGGACAGCUAUGUGAUUAUGGAGAACGUGCGUUACAAACUGGCCAGCUAUGCGCCAGAUCAGUUGAUUUACUUUAGCGCAUUCCAUGCUGCCUAUCCCUAUGCCCAUGUUAGUCUGAGAGAUACCACGGAUUAUAUAUUCAGUCGUGGUGCACUGCAGCAGCUGCUGCGGGAACAUGAGUGUCUGCCCAACAAUUUUGCCGCAUGUCUGGCCAAAAUAGAACAGGGCCCCAACGAGCAGCUCUUCCCGUUUCAGGUGCCAGCCGAGGUAUUGCCCUUUACGAUGCGCUCUGAGUUUUGGAUCUGGCCAUACAUACACCGUGCAGUCUAUACCGAGCAGGGCUUUAAUAGUAACAUGGAGAUGCCGAUUACUUUUCCCUAUGCCACAGCCAAUCAGCUGCAUGUGAUAGAAUAUUUGCUCUACCAUCUGCGUCCCUAUGGACACAUAAAUGGCAUGCCAGCACUGCCACCAGACUCAGUUGUUCAGUUACCGGCGCUGUCUGCGGAUGACACCGUGGCCAGACAGCUCUACAAGCAGGUGCGCAUUCUCUGCGUGCUGCUGACCUAUCCGCACAACUACGAGAAAGUAGCCAAGUCAAUCCGACAGACCUGGGGACGGCACUGCAAUAAGUUAAUUGUGUUUAGCAGUCGAAAGCAGAAGAGCACAACGGGAGUGCCCACAGUAGCACUGAACGUCACCGAGGGCUACGAUUAUCUAUGGGGCAAGGCGAAGGCUGCUUUUAAACACGUUUAUACACAUCAUCUGGACGAGGCGGAUUGGUUCUUUAAGGCAGACGAUGAUACAUAUGCUAUAAUUGAUAAUAUGCGCUAUAUGCUGCAUACCCAUCAGCCCGAUAAGCCUGUCUACUUUGGCUGCAAGUUCAAGCCGUAUGUCGAGCAGGGCUAUAUGUCUGGCGGCGCUGGCUACGUGCUCAGCCGGGAGGCAGUGCGUCGUCUGGUCGAGCACGGGCUCAAUUCGGGACGAUGCAAUGAAAAUCAAAUGGGCACCGAAGAUUUUGAAAUGGGCCUUUGUUUAAGCAAGUGCAACGUGAGUGCUGGUGAUUCCAGAGAUCCUAAUGGACGACAUCGAUUUCUGCCACUCACAUUGGAGAGCAUGAUAAUACCCGGGAGCUUAGCUAAAGAUUUUUGGUUGUAUGACUUUGCGUAUUACAAAUUUAAGGAGGGACUAGAAUGCUGUUCAACUUAUGCCACAACAAUUCACUAUGUGGUUUACUAUCAGAUGUAUAUGUUUGAAUAUUUGCUAUACAAAAUGCAUCCAUAUGGCAUUAUAAUGGGGCACGAGCCGCCUACCCAGAACGUUUCCAGCACUGAUACUCACAAUGGAAAUUAACCAGAUAUAUUUAACA